GACAGAGAGAGAAAGACAGAGACAGAGAGAGAGAGAGAGAGAGAUGAAGGCUAAUUCCAUCCUCCUAAUCCCCUCACUGCCCCCCUCCACGCUUCACAAUUCAUCAACACUGGCUGACCAACACUCAACACAAACCACAGGCUACAUAGACACAUAUACUCACAUAUACGCUCAAAAAACAUAAUUCAGUGCGUCUGUAAGUAAGCAGCAGAACUCCUAAAGGACUGUACUGGACUCAUCUUUGGUGGAGCCACAUUGGCCUGUGGAGUAAAGCAGGGAAGGUAGAUGCACCUGGGACAGAAGGCAAGAUGGGAGAAGCUCAAAAGGGCUUGCUCUCAGUUAUUGAGAAACUGAAGGGUUCAUCAGAGCAAGAGGUGAGGAUACUUCUGCUUGGGCUGGACAAUGCAGGAAAAACCACCAUCCUGAAGAGCUUGGCCUCAGAGGACGUCAGCACUAUCACACCUACACAGGGUUUUAAUGUAAAGAGUGUGGCCUCUCAUGGGAUGAAGCUGAACGUGUGGGACAUCGGUGGACAGAGGAAGAUCAGGCCUUUCUGGAAGAAAUACUUAGAAAACACAGAUUUGCUGAUCUAUGUAAUAGACAGUGCAGAUAAGAAGAGGUUUGAGGAAACAGGAAUGGAGCUGUCUGAGCUGAUAGAUGAGGAGAACCUGAAAGGUGUGCCUGUGCUGAUCUUUGCGAAUAAGCAGGAUUUGGCCACGGCGUCUCCGGCCAGCGAGAUUGCAGAGGGUCUGAACCUGCACACCUACAGAGACCGAGUGUGGCAGAUCCAGGCCUGCUCAGCUGUGAGCGGAGAGGGAGUACAGGAUGGAAUGAACUGGAUCUGCAACAACAUUGUGAACAGGAAGAAAUGAAGAUGCCUGCUCUUCCACCCUCAAACAAAC